AUCAAAUUGAUUGUCUGAGCAUUGAAGAUAAAGUUUGAAGUUAAUUUUGUACUUGCACCAGGUACAGGGUCAUGGGGAAAAAAUUCAACCCGGUCUGAUAUGCGGUGUAUGUGGGAGCAGUGAAUGGGGAUAUUUGAUUGUUAAGUGCUCAAUGUGCUCAAAUGCACAACAUCGCUAUUGCACGAGGGAAAUGUCUUUUGAUCGAGCUCUGAAGUGGAUGUGUGAUUACUGUCAGCAUGUGGCUAACCAAAUGUAUGAUCUGGACUCAUUCGGGAUGAUUCCAGAAAUCAAACCAGAGGUUGAAAUGGUGGAAGAUCAUCCAUUUCAACCCUUUCAACUUCAUGUGAAGGAAGAAGUGUUUGAGAUGGAUGAUGUCCCGCCCUUUACAACUGAGGUGAAGGAGGAAGUUGUGGAACCUGACUUCGUGCCAAUAAUCUCUCAGCUUGGACCAGUGAUGGUUUCAAAUGCAGAUAUGCACCUUGAGCCUAUGGAGGUGAUUGAUGGGGCUGUUGAGAUCGGUGUUUACAAGCCAACUGCUAGACGUUCUCCUAGAAAGAGAAAGUUCAACAAAAAAUAUUUUAGUGGGGAGAUUGUGGUAAAAAUGAAUUUUAAUUGGCUGCUGACUAGGGAUGAAGGGAAUUAAAAACUGGUGUUCAUGGAUGGUAAUGUAAUGUACUUAGGUUAAGGAUGAAGAUUUGUAUGAUGCAUAUUUA